AUGAACAGAAUAACAAAUGUUCGAACUUAUGCAGCCAAGGUAGCACGUUUGUUCGGGUACGCAGUGUACUGGAAUUGCGUUGCCCAUUGCGUCCUGGAAUACAUAGGGGAUUUUGUAAUAUGCGUAGGUCCAUCUAUGGAGCCAACAAUUUAUUCAGAAAAUGUAGUAUUUACGGAACAUUUAAGUGCACAUCGCCAAAAAAUUAAAAGGGGUGACAUUGUCAUUACAAAAAGCCCAUGUAAUCCAAAGCAUUACAUUUGUAAGAGAGUGAUUGGUAUUCCCGGAGACAAAGUUUGCCACAAGUUUUUUUCAUCAUAUGUUCCUAAAGGACAUGUGUGGUUAGAAGGUGAUAAUAAAUAUAAUUCAUCAGAUUCUAGAAAUUAUGGGCCUGUGCCACAGGGACUCAUUAAAGGAAGGGUAGUAUGUAGAAUUUGGCCGCUAGACAACAUUAAAAUGUUAACAAGGCCAACAAAAACUAGUUAUUGA